AUGGUGGAGUACGUUUGCAUCAAUGAGGAACAAAGACAUGUGAAAAGACUUGAAUUUAGAGAUAAGAUCAGAUCUCUGCGUUCAUGCGUCUUCUCCAUCCCUUUGCUGGUCCUGUUCCUGUUCUACUACAUUGAUCCCUAUGUAUUAACAGAGACCUGGGCAUUAACCGUCGGAUUUCUUUCCGAGACAUUUAUCAUAAGCAACGAAUCACAGUCUUUGAGGCUUUCUGAUCAAUAUUACGUGAAUUAUCCGCAGAAGUAUCAUUUUGUCACAAAUGAGCCCGAGAAAUGUCGGAAGGAAAACACUUUUGUGGUUUUGAUGGUGCCAGUAGCUUCAGGCAACACGGCCGCCCGGGAUGCCAUCCGUGCAACGUGGGGUACGGAGAAGUUGGUGGAGAACAAGGUGGUGAGCAUGUUCUUUCUCCUGGGUUCGUCAAGCUCAGAAAAAAACACAAAGGUAAAAAAACAAUUGCUGGAGGAAAGCACCAGGUAUCACGAUAUCCUGCAAUGCGAUUUCUUGGACACCUACCAUAAUCUCACAAUUAAGACGAUGGUGAUGCUUGAAUGGUUAGCUCGAUACUGUCAGAACGCUUCUUAUGCCAUGAAGGUCGACUCUGAUAUAUUUCUCAACGUCAACAACUUAGUGAAAAUGCUUCUGUCUGCACCAACUGAGAACUAUAUGACUGGACUUGUGACUAGGGCUGGUAGGGUAUUGAGGGACCCUCGCUCUAAAUGGUACCUUCCAAAAACCGUUUACACCCCAGCUUUGUAUCCACCCUACGCUCUGGGAUUGGGGUAUGUGCUCUCUUUAGACCUGCCGAAGAAGCUUGUUGAAGCAGCCAAACGCGUCAAAGCAGUUUACAUAGAGGACGUCUAUUUGGGAAUGUGCAUGAAGCAUUUAGGAAUAUCACCAACUUAUCCAUCAAGAAACGACUUGUUUCACGUGUUCCCUGUGAAAUAUAACCGCUGCCGAUAUUCCAAACUCAUCGCCACGACUACACGAAGUUUAAGAGAUCAAGUAGAGUUUUGGAAGGAUUUGCAAAAACCACAGCGACCUUGCUAG